AUUUGUUUUAUUUGAAAUGUGAAAUACUAUUUUUUUAAAAAAAAAUUAUUGUAAAUUUAUUUUAGAAAUCAAAAUUUAUUUUGUGGAUAUAAAUAAAAUUAUGAUAUUAUUAAGUAAAAAUAAAUAAAUUAAUUAUAUAUUUUUUUUAAUUUUAUAAAUUAUAAAUGCAAAUGAUCUUCUAAAAGCUUUAUAUGAGAGCAUUGACCAGAAAUCAUUUAUCAAGCAUUAACAUUUAAUAAAUGAUUUUCUAAAUGUUUUUAUUACCAAUAUUGAUCAGAUAAUGUGGAACAUAAUCUUAAUGAUAAUACUCUACAAAUCAAGGUCUUAGUCCACGUGGAAACUUUUUCCAAAUCCAAAUACUAAUAAGAAAACAAAAGAAUAUUAUUCAGUGUUUAAAUAACUAUAAGCAGUCACGGGACCAGCACUAUGGUAAGUGGGUCAAUUGACCCACAUGCAUUUUAUAUAUGUAAUUCUUUUUACCUGUAUUUAAGAAAAAACUAUAAAAAUAUUGCAGUUUAUUGACACUUGUAAAAUAUGUUAGUCUAAGAAUUGACCAGCACUGUGGCAAGUGGGUCAAUUGACCCACAUGCAUUUUAUAUGUAAUUCUUUUUACCUGUAUUUAAAAAAAGUUGUAAAUAUAUUGCAGCUUAUUGAUCCUUGUAAAAUAUGUUAAUUAGAAGAAUUGAGCCCCCAACCUUUAGUUUCGCCACUGAUUAUAAGAACAUUUUCAAUUUCACUCUAUUUUUUGCUAUAAAAUAAAGUAGUGAUUAAAAUAUUUUAAUGAUAUUUUACAUUUUAGUAAAAGUAGGUUUAUUCUAUACAUAGAAUAACUUGUUUUUCUUUUUUUGUCAUCACUUUAUUUUCUAUGUAAAAUACCAUUGGAGCAAUAACUAAUUCUAUUACGGUAUUUCUAAUUUCAUUCUAUUUUCAACUCUAAAUUAGAGUUUAGAGUAAAAAUACUAUAAUAGAGUAAAAAUGGGUUUACUCUAUAUAUAGAGUAAGCUGUUUUUUUUGUUGUUCAUCAUCUUAUUUUCUACUCUAAAAUAAAGUGUUAUUGGAGUAUAUACACAAUUCUAUUAUAAAAUUAUUCUAUGUUAGAGUAAAAAAAUAAAAUGAACCAUUGGAAAUUAUUUUAUAAAAUUACUAUAUUUUAGAAAAAAUAGAGUAACCAUUAAAGAGAGUUUAAUAACAUCUCCAAUGGUUUAUUCUUUUUUUUACUCUAAAAUAUAGUUUGAGUUUGCUCCAAUUCUAUUUUAGUGUAGAAAAUAGAGUGAUAUACCAAAAAAAUAAGUUAUUUUAUAUUUAAAGUAGUAUUAUAUUUUAUUGUAUUAUAGAGUGAAAAAUCAAAUAUUAUUAGAGCAUUUUUAUUCUAAACUCUAUUGUAGAGUAAACAAUAGAGUGGAGUUAGAAAUUCUGUGAACCGAUUUAUAGCUUUUGUUCUAAAAAGGUGAUUUAGAUUUGAUCGCAGACGGGUGACCAUAACGGCCUAACGGGGAACUUUAAACGAGUGAAAUUUGUUGCCAAGAUUCGUAUCACUCAUCGCUUUGCAAUUUGCAUAGAUUAUUAGAGAAUUUUAUAGUCAUCAUUACAAGAAAACACAACAAUUUCAGACGAAAUUUUUGACCGAACUUUUUUAUCCAACGACGUCCGUAUAAUGUAAAUAAAAUAAUUGUUAGGAAUUCAUCAAACAUUUCCAAAUAUUUUCUUCAAAUCCAUCAAUUUUUUUAAUCCCACCGACGUCUGUAUAACUUUAAAUAAAAACAAUUGUUAGAAAUUCGUCCAAAAUUUUCAAUAAAAAUAUUUCUUGCAAAAACAUUCAAUAAAAACUAUUGGAUAUUUUUGACGAAUCCUCCUACUUACUUAUUCUUUCUUUUAAGUUUUGUUAACUCUUUUUUUUUUCAAUAGUCUGUUAAUUUAUUUAUAAUAUUUUAAUAGAACCGGAUCAAGAAUUUUAUAGAUCAUAGUACAAAAUUUUUUUGGAUCCUUAGAACUAAUAUUGGUUCAAAGUUUUUAAUAUGUUUGUUUUCUUUAAUGAAAUAUUAUGAAUAUAUUUUUUAAAAAAUUGUGAUGAAACAAAUAUAAACCUUUAAAAAAUCUAGACCCUUUUAUCUAUUUUUGACAUAAAAUUAAAAAUAUUUUUUUGAAAAAUCAGGCUUUUAAAUAUGAAAAACGAAGAGACAUCGCAUUAGAUUUAGGGCGGUGGCAGCGUUUGUCCUCCCCGCUUAAGCCGCCUCUGAUUUCCAAUUAUCUCAUCUUAUUAUUUAUUAUAAAAAAACACUGAAUUUCCACUAAAUUAAAAGUGUUUUAAAUUCGCAAAAAUCUCAGAUAUGUUUACAAACUAAAUAUUGUCUAUUUGCGCAACAUGAACUCAUGAAGCAUGUGACUUUUUUUUUUGAAAAAGAAUAAUAUAAAUAAUAUUAUUAUUUUACGUUUUGUUUGUUUGUAAAACCUCAAAAUUCUGGUUGUUUUGGGACUCGAGCUUUGAUUGUCGUCUGUAAAACAUACUUUUUAUGGCGUCACACUUCUUUAAAAAUACAAAUUUUUGUACCGAGACCUUGAUUACCGUCCAUCUAUAAAUAUAAAAUUACGAUUUCUCUCUUCCCACGAAUCUCUCUCCUCUGAUAUGGGAUCUCAAACUGGUUUUGAUCAUGGAAGCGUACGAACGUUUAAAAUGUUGCAACCCUCUCAAUGGGAUGAUUACUUCCUUUACGCCCCGAUCGAUGAAUUGGAACUCGAUGUCUUUGCAAGCGAACUUGAAGCAAUCAAACCAACGUCAGGGACAUGCUCAUGUCCUCUUCCCCAGCAGAAUUAGGUCAUGGCUCCGCGAAGAGGAAAGUACUUUUGAUCUAUUUGAUGACCAGUCUUGGCGUUGCCUAUCAUUUUGAGAACGAGAUAGAAAAGACCUUGGCACACGCCUUUGAAAAGAUAGAUGAUAUGAUUGCAAAUGAGCAUGACCUUUACACAAUAUCCAUCUUCUUUUGGGUUUUCAGAACAUAUGGUUACAACAUGUCGGCUGAUGCCUUCAAGAGAUUCAAAGGGGAUGACGGAAUGUUUAUGGACUCCUUAGCCAAGGAUGCUGAGGGCAUGUUGGGCUUGUAUGAAGCCGCUCAUUUGAGGACGACAAGAGAUUAUAUAAUGGACGAAGCACUGAGUUUCACAAUGGAACAUAUGGAGUCGUUGGCAGGACGAGCAAGGCCUCAUCUCUCAAGGCUUAUACAGAAUGCUCUUGGUCUUUCUCAACACUGGAAUAUGGAGAUAUUAGUUGCUAUGGAAUUUAUCUCAUUCUACGAACAAGAAGAAGACCAUGACGAGACACUAUUCAAGUUUUCCAAGCUCAAUUUCAAGUUACUACAGCUUAUAUACGUUAAAGAGCUCAAAAUGGUUACGAAAUGGUACAAGGAGCUCGACUUUGCAUCUAAGUUGCCACCAUAUUACAGAGACAGAAUCGUGGAGUUACAUUUUUUUGUGAUAUCGAUGUACUUUGAGCCACAAUUCUCAAGUGCGAGGAUUAUGUUGACUAAGUUCUACACGGUCGAAACCAUUACCGACGACACCUUCGAUCGAUAUGCAUCUAUCUCUGAAGCUGAAAGCCUCGCCAAUAGUCUAGAAAGGUGGGCUCCUGAUAAAGACAUGGAUACACAACCAGAUUACUUGAAAUUCGUGUUUAAAUUUAUUCUGGAUGCAUUCAAAGAUUUCGAAAGAGAAGUAGGGUCAGAAGGAAUAUCUUACAGCGUGAAAGGUACAAUAGAAGAGUUCAAAAGACUCGUGAAAUCCAACCUUGACCUUGCCAAAUGGGUGCAAAUCGCUCAUGUGCCUAGCUUUGAGGAUUAUAUGGAGGUCGGUGAGGUAGAGAUCACGAUGUAUGCGACUAUGGCAGGCACUUUGAUGGGUAUGGGAUAUAUUGCUACGAAGGAAACUUAUGAGUGGCUCAAAUCAAGACCCAAACUCAUCCAAUCAUUAUCUAUUAAUGGGCGUCUGAUGAAUGACAUGGCCGGUUUCGAGGAUGACAUGAGUAGAGGAUAUGUGACUACUGGUGUCAACUGUUAUAUGAAGCAAUUUGGAGUUACAAAAAGCGAAGCUUUUAAGAAGCUUCAUCAAAUGCGUGUAGACAACGACAAAAUAGUGAACGAAGAGUUGUUGAAGAUAAAAGAUGUGCCAAAGAGAGUUCUAAAGGAAGCCAUCAAUUGUGCACGCAUGACCCACGUUGCCUACGGUUACGGUGAAGGAUUAACACAUCCUGAAGGAAAAAUUAAGGAAUAUAUUAUUGCUCUCUAUAUUGAUCUGAUUCGUCUGUAAAGACUUUGAUUGGAAUUACUGUUAACAUAAUGCGUGUGGCCACUGGUUAGGCAUCUGCCGCAUGAGCUAUAUACAGUGAAACAUCUAUAAAUUAAUAA